CCACAAAUAAGCAUUAAAAUCUUACACUAACAAUAAGUGGUAUUGUUUUAAAGACGGAUGACACAAAAUAAUAAUAAUAAUGACGACUAAAUAAUAAUAACCUAGGCCGCAUUUUCUUUAAUAAAGCCUGCUGUCUAAAUGACCGAAAGAGGCGGUAGGUUGCUGACAGACAACAAAAGCGCUGUGUUACUGAGAACGCCAAUAGAAUAGGGGCGGGCGGUUUGGGUUUCGAACUGUGUCCGUGACGGAGAACGAUCCAAUAGUCAUCAGGUGACGUAACACGUUCUAUCCAAUGGCAGACGUGUGCUUUCAAUACGCCCAAUGAAAACGGCGGCGUUAGGGCUUAAAAAGGCAGCGUUCGCCAGAGCCGUUUAUUGUAUUUCUUCUCCGUGAAGUUCACAGUUCGACGCAAUGGCAAGAACCAAGCAGACCGCCCGUAAAUCCACUGGUGGCAAAGCGCCCAGGAAGCAGCUCGCCACUAAGGCUGCUCGCAAGAGCGCCCCGGCUACCGGCGGCGUGAAGAAGCCUCACCGUUACAGGCCCGGCACCGUGGCUCUCAGGGAGAUCCGCCGUUAUCAGAAGUCUACUGAGCUGCUUAUUCGCAAGCUGCCCUUCCAGCGCCUGGUCCGAGAAAUCGCUCAGGAUUUCAAGACCGAUUUGCGUUUCCAGAGCUCGGCCGUCAUGGCCUUGCAGGAGGCUAGCGAGGCAUACCUGGUCGGUCUGUUCGAGGACACCAAUCUGUGCGCCAUUCACGCAAAGCGAGUGACCAUCAUGCCUAAGGACAUUCAGCUGGCCCGCCGUAUUCGUGGAGAGCGCUCGUCAUCUCCUCUUAGUUUAUCUGAAUACUUAAUGAAGCAGAGUCCAGCUGGAGCUGACAGAAAGAGAGCGAAAAUCACCAGUGAUGAUUAUUAUGAGUUAUUUAUGACCUCAGAAAGCAGCAGCAUGUCUGGUAGAGGUAAAGGUGGUAAGGGACUCGGCAAAGGGGGCGCUAAGCGUCAUCGUAAGGUCCUUCGCGAUAAUAUCCAGGGAAUCACCAAGCCGGCUAUUCGCCGUCUGGCUCGCCGUGGCGGUGUUAAGCGUAUUUCCGGCCUGAUCUACGAAGAGACUCGCGGUGUGCUGAAGGUCUUCUUGGAGAACGUCAUCCGCGACGCCGUCACCUACACCGAGCACGCCAAAAGAAAGACCGUCACCGCCAUGGAUGUGGUGUACGCUCUGAAACGCCAGGGACGUACUCUGUACGGCUUCGGCGGAUAAACGUUCAACUCCGAACCACGUCAACACAACGGCUCUUUUAAGAGCCACC